GCAUUUUUCUUUAAAACAAAUAAAGCAUUAUAAAUAAAACUGCACUGUUCUAUGUGUGUAAUUUUCUCGUAUAUUUAUGAGUUUAUUUAUUUAAAAUUUUCUUAGAAUAUACUAAAGUGUAAAUAAAAAUGGAGAGGGAUAAAAAUACAGAAAUUGAAGCGGGAAUUUUGACUUCGAGUGCGAUGGGGAAUGGCAAUAGCAGCACCGACGAAAUUUCAUCUGCAAGCAGCACCAUUGAAACUUCACUUGUAAGUGGUACUGUUGGAACUUUACUUGAAAGUGACGUCGUUGUAACUUCUCUUGUAAGUGAUAUCGUUGAAACCUCACUUGUAAGUAAUAUCGAUAAAACCUCACCUGUAAGUAAUAUCGUUGAAACUUCGCUUGCAAGCAGCACCAUUGAAACUCCACUUGUAAGUAGUACCGUUGGAACUUUACUUGAAAGUGACGUCGUUGUAACUUCUCUUGUAAGUGAUAUCGUUGAAACCUCACUUGUAAUUAAUAUCGAUGAAACCUCACCUGUAAGUAAUAUCAUUGAAACUUCGCUUGGAAGCGACACCGGAACUUCACUUGAAAGUGGUACCAUUGGAACUUUACUUGAAAGUGACGUCGUUGUAACUUCUCUUGUAAGUGAUAUCGUUGAAACCUCACUUGUAAGUAAUAUCGAUGAAACUUCACCUGUAAGUAAUAUAAUUGAAACUUUGCUUGGAAGCGCCACCAUUGGAACUUCACUUGUAAGUGGUACCACUGGAACUUUGCUUGAAAGUAACGUCGUUGUAACUUCUCUUGUAAGUGAUAUCGUUGAAAGUUCGCUUGGAAGUGACACCAUUGGAACUGAAAUUGGAAGCAGCACAGUUGAAACCUCACUUGGAAGCGACACCGACGAAACUUCACUGGAAAAAGUCGUCAGGAGGCCAGGUGUAAGAAAUCAAAACGAGGAGGUACAAGGGAGAAGGCUGUGUUACUUCGUCACUGACAGCACCUACAGAGGAACUUGGAAUGAUGUGGGGAUGUCGGGGCAAGGGAAAUACGUUAUGCCUCACGGCGUAGUGUACGAAGGUGGCAUGCUGGAUGGAAUGUUCCAUGGACCUGGAGUUCUCACGUACCCUUCUGGGGCUCGAGUGAAAGGUUCGUGGAAUAAGGGCGUUGCAGAGAAAAUGUCCUUCGUAUUCGCAGAUGGCCUCGAGGUAGAUGAUUUAAAUUCUUGGACCUACUGCAAGAUGCCUGACAGGAGAUUCUCCUCCGAACACAAGCGAGGUUUACAACCGGCUGGCCGUUCUCUUCUCACGCAAGAAUCGCCGCCUAAACAUCUGCCUGAUGGCUGCUAUGAUGUUGGCGAUGGUGUCUACGAUCCAAAAACCAAAUGUGUCCACAGUCCCAACGAUCAUUCUACUAUUCUCCGUAUUCCAACCAAACAAGAAGAAUCCUGGAUUAUGCAACACUGUCGCAGAGCUGUCCGUGAAAAUGUUGGCUUCAGGCCUGAUCUGUACGAGAACUUAUUUAACAGCACAGCAGAAUAAAAUUGUUGUUAAAGCUUUCAUUCUA